UGAGACCAAGGUGACUCAUCGCAUCGUUCAGUGUUGUGUCCUCAAUGGCGUGGUGUUUGGCCUGAGCCUUGUCAUCUUCAACUACCUCCUACUGCCCAUGCUAAAGCAGGUGCUGAGCUUGUUCCUGGCAGAAGGGGCAGGGGCGGUGUGGCACUAUGCUCGGCCCACACUCACCGCCGUUUUCGACAUGCUGUGGGUCCUGCCCCUUUUUGUUCUCUCUAGGAUCAUCAACACCAUUUGGUUCCAGGAUAUUGCUGACAGUGCAUACCGUCAACGACAGGGUAGACCACAGCUCAUCAGUAGCUUGAGCAAGCUGGUGGCAGAUGUUCUUAUCUCCAUCUUCAUCCAGCUCCUCUUCUUGGUGCAGGCCAACCUGCUGAUGCUGCUGCCGAUCAUGGGUAUCAACGUGGUGGUGGGGGGUGUGCACAUGUGCCUCCUCAAUGCUCUCUAUGCCUUCGAGUACCGGUGGUUCAACAUGGGCUGGGAGCUCUACAAGAGACUAAGCUUCGUGGAGGAGAACUGGCCCUAUUUCAUGGGCUUCGGCCUCCCAUUGGCAUUCAUCACCAUGUACCCCUCUUCUGUGUAUGUGAGUGGAUGCUUGUUUGCUCUGCUCUUCCCUGUGUUUAUUAUCAGCGCCAAUGAAGCAGAUCCUGUACUGUACCCCAAGGGUUACCCACUGCAGUUGUUCUCGGGGGUGGUGGGCCUCUCGAACCGCAUCAUCCAGAGUCUAGUCACAAAGCGGCAGGCCCUCCCCAAUCCCUCGGCUCCCUCCAGACGCUGAUCUCCGAGGGUUCUUCUCAAUACCAAAAGUUACCUUUCCUUGAUCAUUUUCCCCCCAAUGGAGGGUGAAGACGAAUCGACACCGAAACGAAAUAUAAAGGAAAAAUGAAUAUUAGAGAAAAAGGGGAACUAUUUGUAAGGAGAUAACGAUGUGAUAAGGUCUUCUUAUUAUUAUUCUUUUUACUAUUAUUUGUGUGUGUGCUUUUUGUUUUCUGUUUGUGUGUGCCUGUACAUUGGUUCUGUAAUCGUCAAGGUUUGUCCUGAGUACUAAGGAGGGAAUAUAAUUGUCUUAGAAUGUGAUAAAGUAUGGAAUCUAGACAAGAGAGAGACAAAAUAUAUGGACAAUGGAGCAUUUAGUUUGACAUAAAAAAAAUGCAGAAAAUAUGAAAAAUGAAAAUGCUAUAUUAUUCUGAUUCCAAGACAGGCAAAGAUGUCCUUUGUAUGUAGUAACUGUGGUAUGUUGUAAGGAAUGUCCAGGAUUAUUGGGGCUGGUAAUGAAAAGAGUCCUAAAAAUAUGAAGCAAAUCCUUCUGAGCCAGAGGUGUGUGCAUUUUGAUAUAACUCUUAUAUCUGAAGUGAAUUCUCAAAACGAAAAAAAAAAAAAAUUGGAGAUUCUAAGACAAAUUGAGGAGAUAUACUUCUACAGAGGAAGAUAGUUUACCACUGCAAUAGGUAUUAGUCAUUCUGUUAUUAUAAUUAUCCUAGACAUUUUGCUUUUUCUACCAAGAUCCCUAUUUUAUAUUUAUUUAUUAUUAUUAUUAUUAUUUAUUUAUUUAUUAUUAUUAUUAUUAUUUUUUUUUCUGUUUGUUCACACAAAUGUAUUGAAGAAGCAAGAGAAUUACAAUAGAUGAUAAUCGUACUGUAGAUUGGGUUAAUUGUCUAGGAAGGGUCCCAACUAUAUAUAUUUUCUAUAGGAGACAGAGGCCGAUCCUGAUGAUAAAUUAUUAUUACAUUUUAAAGGAUUUCAUUUUUUUCUAGUUUAUUAUUUUUUUAGUCCAACAUAGAGCGAGCUUGAUGUACAAACAGUUCUCAAUAUAUAUAUAUAUAUAUUAUUGUGCAAUGUUAACUCUUUGAGGAUACCAAUUCUGGGUCCUUGUCAUUUGUUGAAUGCCCAAGUACAUUGUCAUUUUUUUAUAUAUAUUAAAUAUAAAAAGUUUC